CACCCACCAAACGCACCGUUUCUUGAGUUCCCUCAUCCCGCGCUCCGUUCAGAUACAAACUCAUCUCCUCCGAAAUGGGACCGAACGUAUGAACAUUAGGGCCGCUGCCGUUGCCGUUGCCGUUGCCGUUGCCUUGCCGCUCCUCCUCUUCGGUUGCUCCGCCACAUUCCGAUGUCCCAGCCGAUCAUCCUCUCCGACGAGGAGGACCGUUACUCUACACCUAUCCCCAUCCCCUCCAAGAAACGUCGAACUGAAUCAGAUCUCCUUCCGAACAUAAAAUCCACUGUUCUUGUGCUGGAUGAUGAUCCGACUCCACAAAAAUCCAAUCACAACUCUGCGGCCUCGUUCGUGCCGGAGACGCCUCUUUCUCCGCAGCCGAGUUCUGACGUCGCAAUUGUUAAAUGUACGAAGGCGGGAUUGAACUUGCAUGCUAGGGAUUUGAAUUCGGACCAGAAGUUUGCUGGAAUCAGUGGAUUGAUAUGCUUGGAGUCCGAUAACGAGUCUGAAAGUGAUUCUCAGAAGAAAAAGUGUGAACAGAGCGAAUGGAUUGGUUCUGACUGUUAUGAGAUGAAGAACAUAGGAGCGUCUCUUCCAUUUGACUCGGCAGGAUCGGGAUCUUCUCUUGGUAAUGACGAUCUGCAGGAAAUUUCUGGGGAUAUGAAGCAUUCAACUUUUGGGCGAGAUGAUGAUAUAUAUCAGGUUCAUGAUUAUCCUGAAGAGGAUAACGUUGGAAUGGAGCAGAAUGAUAACAGUAUGAAAACAACUGGAAGGAAAGCCAACGCCGAGAAGGUCACGAGGAAGAAGGCAACUAAAGAUGACAAGAUUAGCUUAAUGGAAGAGAAGAAGAAAAAGAAGGAACUAGAGAAGUUGCAAAAGGCAGCUCAAAAGGCUGAAGCUGCAGAGAUGAAGAAAAUGCAGAAAGAGAAACAAAAGUGGGAAAAGGGCAAACUUGCAUUGAAGUCCAUUGUGGCAGAAAUUGAUGCAAAAGUGGUGGAGUUGGGAUCAAUCGGUGGUCAUCUGCUGACAAGGUUUGCUGAAAAAGGCAUUACAUUCCGUAUCAAGUCCAAUCCUAUUGAAAGGUCAAUUUUGUGGACUAUGAAUGUUCCAGAGCAUAUUUCUGCGUCUUCAAAAGGACUGGAGAUUUCAUAUGUAUUAUUAGUGUAUGAGGCUGAAAAUUUUUGUGAGCUUCUUAGCAAGGAGUCAUUUAUGGAUCACGUUGCCAGAGUACAAAGCCGUUACCCAUCCCACACUAUCUGUUACCUCACCAAUAGGUUAAUGGCAUUUAUCAAUAAAAGGGAACAGGAGAAGUACAAGAACUUAACAUGCAGUAAUGAUUGGAUACGCCCACCUGUUGAGGAGGAAUUGGCGAAAUUGACUACGCACUUUGUCAAGGUGCGUUCUAGGCAGUGUGUAGAUGAAGCAGAGGUAGCUGACCAUAUAGUUGGUUUGACAUGCGGUCUGGCAUCCUGCCAGUUCAGGAAAAAGCUGACACAUCUAUCUGUCAAUGCAAACGGAUCCAUUAUACCCAAAGACUGUGUUGACAGGAAUAUGAUAAAGAAGAGCUUGUGGUUAAAAGCCUUAGUAGCAAUCCCAAAGGUACAACCACGGUUUGCCAUCGCAGUAUGGAAGAAAUAUCCAACAAUGAAAUCUCUUUUGAGUGUGUACAUGGAUCCACGUAAAUCUGUGCACGAAAAGGAAUUUCUACUGAAAGACUUGACGAUCGAGGGUUUACUCGGCGACGAUAGAAGAUUAGGAGAGAUAUGUUCAAAGAGAGUGUAUAGGAUACUUAUGGCUCAAAAUGGAAACAUGAGAACUGACGACGUUGAGGAGGGUGCUGACUUGUUCAGAUCCCAAUUGUCUUAAAUUAAUUAUCAUAACUUAUAUUAACACAAACAUCAUUUUAAUGCAAUAGCUCAUUGCGUUUAACUGUCA